AUGUCGCUCCAGAACAUCUCAAAAUCUGCCGUGCGUGUAGGCAAGAACUACAUCAAAGGCUACUCGGAUGUCCAGGUCAAGGUUCGAGAUGCUACCUCCAACGAUCCAUGGGGCCCAAGUGGUACUCAGAUGAACGAGCUUGCACAGCUCAGUUACAACCAAAAUGAGUUCAUCGAAAUGAUGGAGAUCCUCGACAAGCGUCUCAAUGACAAGGGCAAGAACUGGAGACACGUCUUCAAGUCGCUCACUCUUCUCGACUAUUUGCUCCAUGCCGGCUCUGAAAACGUCGUUAUCUACUUCCGAGACAACAUUUACAUCGUCAAGACCCUCAAAGAGUUCCAGUACAUUGACGAGAGCGGCAAGGACCAGGGCGCCAACGUUCGACAGAAGGCCAAGGACAUCACCAACCUCCUUCAGGACGAGGCGCGUCUUCGGGAUGAGCGUCGAUCACGUUCCCACAUGCGCGAUCGCAUGUCCAACGGUCCCACCGACGACGAUGAUGACGCAAGGAGAAGGCGUGCAGAGCGGGAGAGGAAUCGUCGAAGACCUGGCAACAACGAAGACGACGAGCUGCGACGAGCCAUCGAAGAGUCCAAGCGCAUGGCACAGCAGGAGCAAGAUCGCAUCCGUGCUGAAGCGAAAGACGAGGAGGAGCUCCAACGUGCCCUUGCACUGUCCAAGAAGGAGGAGGAAGAAAGGAUCAAGGCGUUGGAAGAAGCCAACAAGAAUGCGCUCUUUGACGACUCGAUCAACAUGGACGCUCCCAAUGCUUAUACCCAGAACCAGCAGGUCGACUUCUUUGGCAAUCCUCUCGUUGAUACCUCGGGCUCCCAGAGCUACGGUGUUCAGCCUCAAUACACCUCUUUCAACCCUUACAUGCAGAUGCAACCCACCAGCUACAACCCUUUCCUUCAAAACCAGCUGCAGCAGCAAGAGCUCAUGCAGCAGCAAUAUAUGCAGCAACAACAAGCCGAGUACCAACGUCAGCUUGAGCUCCAGCAAGCAGCUGUGCAAUACCAGAAUAUGAUGGCCCAGCAGCCCAUCCAGCCACAGCAGACCUCUUUCGGGUCCAACAACCCAUGGCUUCAGUCUGGCCAGCAGCAGCCUCAACAACAACAACAGCAGCAACAGCACAAUGUUCCCGUCGGUGAUCUCUUCUCAUCCGCGCCCACGCCUCCUCCAGUGCAAACCACACCACAGCCUCAGCCUCAGCAGUCGCCACAACAGAACCGACCAAUCCGAGCCAAGGUCAACGAUGACGGCAAAUACAACGAGCUCAACCGCUUGCUGGCCAUGGGUGACGGUGUAGACACUUUCGGUAACACGGGUGAUAUGAGGAUGGGUCCUAACAUUGCGCUUUAUAACCAGAUGCGUGCUCAAAAGACUGGUAUGAACUUCAACGCCAACACUGCUGCUGGAGGGAGCCAACAGCAGCAGCAACCGCAGCAGACUGGAGCUGAUAACAAUCCUUUUUUCAAGGUCUGA